GGAAGCGUUGCUUAGAGACGGGAGACGUCGCAGACACUGGUGUAACUAGCUACACUUUGGCAGAAUCCAACCAAGAUGGAGAAGUACGAGAAAAUCAAAGUGGUCGGGAGAGGAGCAUUCGGGAUAGUGCACCUUUGCCGUCGAAGAACUGAUGGUGCUUUGGUAAUUCUAAAGGAAAUCCCAGUGGAGCAGAUGACCCGGGACGAGCGUCUUGCCGCGCAGAAUGAGUGCCAAGUUCUCAAGUUACUCAACCACCCCAACAUAAUCGAGUAUUACGAAAAUUUCCUGGAGGACAAGGCGCUCAUGAUCGCAAUGGAAUAUGCACCAGGUGGAACUCUUGCUGAUUACAUCCAGAAGCGAUGCAAUUCCCUCCUGGAUGAAGACACCAUACUGCAUUUCUUUGUGCAGAUCUUACUGGCCCUCUAUCAUGUGCACAACAAACUUAUUCUUCAUCGAGACCUUAAAACCCAAAACAUUCUACUGGACAAGCACCAGAUGAUAGUCAAAAUAGGUGACUUUGGGAUCUCCAAAAUUCUAGUUAGCAAGAGCAAAGCUUACACUGUGGUUGGGACACCUUGUUACAUCUCUCCUGAACUGUGUGAAGGAAAACCGUACAAUCAGAAGAGUGAUAUCUGGGCUCUGGGUUGUGUGCUCUAUGAACUCGCCAGCCUCAAAAGAGCCUUUGAGGCAGCUAACCUACCGGCCUUAGUCCUAAAAAUCAUGAGUGGCACUUUCGCCCCGAUUUCCGACCGCUACAGCCCAGAACUGCGACAGCUCAUCCUCAACAUGCUUAACCUGGACCCGUCCAAGCGGCCACAGCUCAAUGAGAUCAUGGCCAAUCCCAUCUGCAUCCGGCCCCUGCUGAACCUCUACACUGACAUCGGCAAUGUCAGAAUGCGCAGAAUUGAAAAGCCACUGCCCACCAUGCAGACAGGUCCUCAUGGCAGACCAGGAAGCCGUGUGACUGGAACCAGAACAAGGGGUGGGUUGUCAAGCUUAAUUUCAACCAAGAUGAUGCACUCUCUGCCCUUGUCGUCAGUAUAUACGUGGGGUAGUGGCAUCUCCACGCCACUCCGGCUGCCUAUGCUCAACACCGAGGUGCUGCAGGUUUCGUUGGGCCGCACACAAAAGAUGGGUGUCACCAAAUCAGGACGCCUCAUCACCUGGGAGGCUCCCACUGUGGGCUGCGGCGAGGCUUCUCUACCUGGUGCUCUGGAGCAAAUGCAGCCCCAGUUUAUCUCUCGGUUCCUAGAGGGGCAGUCUGGUGUCACCAUCAAAUCUGUCUCCUGUGGAGACCUCUUUACAACCUGCCUGACAGACAGAGGCAUAAUUAUGACAUUUGGAAGUGGAAGCAAUGGGUGUCUUGGACAUGGAAAUUACAACGACAUAACACAGCCCAAAAUAGUGGAGGCUCUCCUGGGCUAUGAGCUGGUUCAGGUGUCCUGUGGUGCCUCCCAUGUGCUGGCUGUGACCAAUGAGAGGGAGGUCUUCUCCUGGGGAAGAGGAGACAAUGGUCGGCUGGGACUGGGCACCCAGGAUACCCACAAUGCCCCGCAGCAGGUGAAUAUCCCUGUAGAUUUCGAGGCCCAGCGAGUGUUGUGUGGGGUCGACUGCUCCAUGAUCAUGAGCACUCAACACCAGAUCCUGGCGUGUGGCAGCAACAGGUUUAACAAGCUAGGCCUGGAUACAGUCAGCAAGACAGAGGAACCCGCCUCCUGUUGUCAAGUAGAAGAGGUCCACACAUUCCAACCUGUUCAGUCGUCCCCACUGAACAUCGAGAAAAUUCUGUACAUUGACAUCGGAACGGCCCACUCUGCCUCAGUCACGGAGAAAGGUCAGUGUUUCACAUUUGGCAGUAACCAGCAUGGGCAGCUUGGCUGCAGCUCUCGCCGCAACAGCAGAGUGCCCUUCCGGGUGCCAGGGCUGCAGGGCAUCACCAUGGUAGCGUGCGGAGACGCGUUCACUCUGGCUAUUGGUGCAGAUGGUGAGGUGUAUACCUGGGGGAAAGGAGCCCGUGGGCGCCUUGGAAGGAAAGAAGAGGAUUCUGGGAUACCGAAGGCAGUGCAGCUUGAUGAGAGUCACCCAUUCACAGUUACAUCAGUGGCUUGUUGCCAUGGCAACACACUCUUGGCUGUAAAACCUUUUUUUGAAGAUCCUGUCCCUAAGUGACCCUUAAAUCUCAGCGGUAUCUGCGAGAGGACAGACAAACAACUUCCUCCGAAAAACUUUCAUAAACAUUCAGAGCAGUUAAUGACUAUGACUUUUAAAGACCUGGCAGGAAGUGGACUGCUGAAGAAUUUCAGUGCAUUAUGAUAAUUAAAGUGCAAUAACGUCUGAGGUACGAUUACAUGGAUUAUGAAGGUUUAUAGAUUUAUGUAUCCAACUGAAAUCAUAAUGUAUAGUAUGGUUUUUGCUUGAAGGCAAUAUCUUUUAUGAAUGCUGUUUGUGAAUGCUUCAGCUCUAGGAUUGUCAUUUUGCUGCUAUACAAUCACAAAGUAAUUAUGUAAGACACUCACAGGAAGUCAGACAGGUCCUGUAGGAUUAUUAUAACACAAUGCAUGACAGAACUCUCAUUUAACACAGCUGGCUGCCAAAGAAAAUUAGAAAGUUGUUACUGUCUUUGUUCCUUCUUUAAAGAAUGCAGCAUGCUUUCUGUGAUUUAUAAUAAUCAUUUUAUACACCAAAAGACUAAAAGAAUAAUCUUUUUUUGUAAUCUUUUUUACACCAAAAGACUUCUGAGGUACAGAGAUUUUAAAUAAAUGCUUUUGAGUACAUACAACGACUAAAAAAGAGUUUCUGUCCACACUGGAGGCAUCUACAUCAGCUAAAAGAGUUUUUUUUUUCUUUUUGUUUCCAUCCUACUGAAGCCACACUUACUGAAUGGUUAUUAAUUGCUCGGUAAUACAUAUUCUUUAAUAGUGUUUAACUUGCUUACACUGGACUGUCUCAUUGUUGGUGUAUUUUUGACGAUGCACAUCCACCAAUAGAGGGAGAUCUUUCCUUAACAGAAAGCUUUUUGAUGAUUUUCAGCAUAAUGCUACUUGUAAACUGAAGUGCAGCAUCUGUGAGCAAUGAACAGCUA